AUGGCCACCAAGUUGCCACAUUCAACCGGCUCCUUCUGUAUCGAAGCUCUCUUAGCUAGAGACAAUCCUAGAACACACUUGGUCGACAAAAUCGGUGCUGUCCGUCAGGAAUUAUCCAUACCAUUUACUCCACAUUUAUUAUCUCAUCAUCUGAAUGUCCCAGUCAUAUCGACGCAUCCGAUUUAUGCUGUUUCAUCUAUCCUUCCUGUUUCUGGAAGCGCGUUCCAUCCUCCUCUUCCAGAACCUUCAGAUUGGACAGCGCGGGCGGGGUUGUACUACUCCAGACCUGGAGACUUACCAGGUCAAACACCUCUUUUAGGCAAAACUCGUCGACCGCGAACUGCGUUUACAAGUCAACAACUUUUAGAAUUGGAAAAUCAAUUCAGAAUGAAUAAAUAUCUUUCCAGGCCGAAACGUUUCGAAGUAGCAACUAGCUUAAUGUUGACCGAAACUCAGGUAAAAAUCUGGUUUCAAAAUAGAAGAAUGAAAUGGAAAAGGAGUAGAAAAUCCAAUAUGGAGAUGACAAAACUACAGCCCAACGAAAGGAAAACGGAAGAGACUGCUAUAGAAAGUGAACCUAACAAGACAGUUCCUGAAGAACCUCUCAAAACUUUAACUUUUCAUCAUUCAUCCAAGUCACGAGACACCAUUUACAGGCCAUACGUAACUUGAGGUCGUGUCGUAAAUGCCUCGAUUAGGAAUAUUGUGUUUGCCGCGGUCACACGACGCAAA